CUUGCAUUUUAUUAUACGUCAUCAUCAGUCGACAACAUUUUUGUUCCGUUUUUCGCACAGAAAGGAGGAUCUGUCAACGUGCUUCAAAAAAUAUGCAAUAACUGGUUUUCUGCUUUCUUCUCUCCAUCAACAUGGCCGCUCAGAGAGUGCUCCCUCAAAGUAAAGAAACGCUUCUUCAGAACUACAACAAAAGACUCAAGGAUGAUAUCCGGUCCAUUCUAGACAACUUUACAGAAAUCAUUAAAACUGCAAAGGUGGAGGAUGAGACCCAGGUCUCUCGAGCUACCCAGGGGGAGCAAGACCACUAUGAGAUGCAUGUCAGGGCAGCCAACAUUGUGCGUGCGGGUGAGUCGCUGAUGAAGCUGGUGUCCGACCUGAAGCAGUUCCUGAUUCUGAAUGACUUCCCAUCCGUGAACGAGGCCAUCAGCCUGCAGAACCAGCAACUGCGGUCACUGCAGGAAGAGUGCGAUAAGAAGCUCACUUCCCUCCGCGACGAGAUCGCUAUCGACCUGUACGAGCUAGAGGAAGAAUAUUACUCCUCCAGGUACAAGUAGAAGGCACACACCGCCACUUAGUUAGCCCCCACCCCGUGCCUACCAAUUGCCCCACCCCACCCAUUCUCCCUUAUCACCACUCAUCACACCACUGUGCCUUAUUAGUUGUUUCCCACCAUCUCAUACUGUUUUCAUCUUUGGUUAGAUGGCUGCACUUACACAUGCUAAACAUCUUAUUGAACAUUAAAUACAAUGUUGCAGAUGAGCAUAUAAAGUGGCGGAAGUGCAAUAGCAUCAGUGGUUCAGGUCAUGAUGUCACUUGGUCAGUAUUAUCUAUGGCCCUACUUAUGUGUGAAUUAAGUGCCUUGUAAUAUAUGACCCAGGGAGUUAUCAUGGGUGUUAUUUCAGUCUAUUUGGAAGGCAGGAAGUCCCUAUGUGGUUAUAAGGAGUUUCUCAAAUAUGUGGUAACAAUGAAAGAACUGUAUUAUCAAAGCACUUUACAAAAAGGUAUUGUGUUCAUUUUAAGGACUUAGUUAUUGUGCUAUUAAUACUUUUAUGCCGGACUCAUGGAUGUUAAGAUCUAAACUGUACGGAUCUGUGAAACUUCAAGCAUAAGGGGAAGGUAUCAUAUUCUACAGUACCUCCCCAUGAAGUACCAACAUUUGUAAAGAUAAGACACAUUUAUAAAGAACCAAAAACAAUAUUCAAAUAAUAUAAUCAAACAUAUCUAGGACCAUUAUUGUUGAUAUGUAUGUUUAUUAUUAUCAGCUGUGUAUUCAUAGGCUUCCUGAUAUUUUAAAUUUGUGUUAUUUAUUUUCUAUAGAAAGAUGUAUGACUAUCAAACAAAGGAAGAAAGUUUCCUAGACCUUUCCUUUUGUAAACAGAAUCUAGCAUGUUGUAUUUUUUUUACAUGUCUUUAUCCCACAAAGUGACACUAUUCGUAACUGCAAACCAUGUCAAGCAAGCAUGCACAGUUGCACACUUAUUUACCAUAUAUGGCCAUAUGUAUCCCGUCUGUCAGCUAUUUUCAUAGGCUUAUGCUCUAUUUAGUCAAAAAUAAAAUAGAGACAAAAUAA